GGCUUGCUGAAGUACCUGAGGAAGGCGGACAAUAGGGAGGGAGUUCUGCCAGUGCAUGAUCGAUUUUGCCAGUUUGCUCUCUCUCAAGGAGUCUGGUUGGGAAAGCGUGAAUGUGGGGCGACAAGGCCAUAUCGAAGCCUGCGACUGGUGAUCGCAUACGUGUAUAUUGGCCAGGUGACAAAGCUUGGUGUUCAGGCUUAGUGCAGAGCUUUGACCAAACUACAGGAAGGGUGGAGAUAUUCUACGAUGAUGGUGAGAUAGAGCGUGUGAACCUCUUUCAUGAGACGUGGGAGAUGGAUGACCCCGUGGCGGAGGAUAGCAAUCCACAUGACGAUGGAGAACAAGGCUUGAGUGAUGAGCAGGGAUUGGGUGGGGAUGAUGCGGACGGGUUGGAGUGGUCACCACAGAGUAGUAAGGAGCAGGAGAGUGGGGAUGGGAUGGCCGGAUCUGGAGGAGGAGGUCAGAAUCGGCAAUCGCGGCCGCCAUCAGGGGCUGCUGGACACAGUGGAGAGCAUGCGGAGGGUGGAGGAGGACGUGCUGGAAUGGCAGCACAUGGUGCUGGAGGCUCAAGCUCUGUCAACAUGGGAUGUCAAGGGGGUGCAACGAGCGGUGGGGGGACCACACUUAAUGGAGGCAUGCGGAAGCACCAGCGAAAAAGCCCAGUCCCAAGGCGAGGGGACGUUGGCGUUGUCUCCACAAAUGGAAAUGCAGAAAGUGCUGCAGGCCACACAGAAGGAGUGGAUGAAUCUGGUCAUAUUACCAAUGCCAAUGGGAAGCGGGUGCGGCGACCAAGCGUUCGAUUAGGGGAUAUUGGAGAUGGAACCAUUGUGGCCUUAUGCAGGCUUGACAGCAAGAAGAAACCAAAGCAGGCAACGCAGCAGCAGCAACAGCAGCAGCAGCAGCAGCAACAACAGCAGCAACAACAACAACAGCUUGUGCCACAGCAACUGGCAGAAACACAGCUGCAAUCUAAGAACCAAAUGGAGGAACAAGCGAACAGAAAUGGUGUACAGCAGAAGGGAAAAUUUGUUUUCAAAGAGCCAGCAGCACCAUAUGGCGGAGGUAGGGGAAGCAGAGGAGGGGGGGGAGUCAAAGAGGAUGUCGCUGGCUGUCUUAAGAAUGCAAACGGGGAGUCGGGAGGUGCUGGACACGCGUCUGGGAUAGAUCUUGCGAAGAGUGGGCAAGCAAAUGGCGAUGUGCAUCACCCCAAGACAAUAGGUCAUGCUCGGGGAAGGAAUGGCAUGAUGAGUCCCGGUGAGAGAGAGGGCACAAGGCGAAUGAGAUCGCAACAUUUACACACACCUGCGGCAUGCGACGACCGAUCAUGCAGUAUGUCGCAUGGCGGCUCGUCUGUCCAAGGCCAUACUGAUGCUAGCCCCCUCCUCUCGAGGACUGCGAAUGGACAAGUUCGCAGUGCGCAACAAGGACAUGCUUUGGAGGAUUCCUUGGGACAGGCGGAAGCAGCUUUGAAGGAACCUGCGCAGAUCGUCGCCACUGCAGAUGGUGAGGAGCGGACGGAUGGGGUUGGCACUGGAAUUACAGCAGCUGGGCUUGGCAGGGUUGGUGGUCUUUUCGGAUUAGGGAGGAUGGGUAAGACGAGAGGGAGCAAAGCGAGAGCGCGUAUGGGUGUGGAUGGAGUGCGGGCAAAAGGCAGGAACUUGAGGGCAAUCAAUGUGAUAAGCAGUAAUGCAGCUGCGUCAACGCAAGCCAAUGGGAUGGCCGCGAUGGGCACAGGGGAGGAAGAAAAGCAGGGUGGUGGUGAUGGAGGUAUGUGCAUUGCUCAGCCUGACAGUGCUGAGGACAUGCCGCCGGGUGAAAAGGUGCAAGAGCUACCCGGGCAAUUUGUGGACAUGGAUCGCCCUCUGAGCAGUCAUGAACAGAACCCGACGACAUCCUCGUGGGAUGCCCGUGAGAAGGGAAGAGGUAGAGAGGGAAGCGCAAACAAUGCUCAAAAUCUUUUGAUCAGUGAUGGAAAUCAAGGGUCCGAGAAAGGUGGCACGGCCUGUAGAGCAUCGGGACCAGGAAGGGGGGUGGUCACAGUGGAAGGGACAGGGUCGAUGCUAGGAGAGGGGGAGGCUGGGGCCGAGUUUCAGGCAUGUAAGGGACUCCACCAACAAGAGGGAUGUGCAGGGGAUGAUGUUAUGGACUGGGGAAGAGUCAGGGAGGGGGCCGUUAACGUCCAUCAUGUAGGAGGCAGCCCCGGCGCAGGCGGAACUUGGCGGGCAGGGCAGGGAAGGGCGUUAGCAAUGGCAACAAGGAGGGUUGCACUGGCAGGAGGGGUCAGCGGGUGGCUGAAGCGGUUAGGGCUAGGAAAAUACGUGGGCGUUUUUGAGGUGCAUGAAGUGGACAAUGAAACACUUCCUCUCAUAUCCAUGCAAGACCUUCACGACAUGGGUGUUACAGCCGUCGGUGCCCGCAGGAAGAUGCUGAAUGCUAUCUCAGAGCUCUAUGCCCUGCCGCCCUCUCGGUGAUCAUCUAUACAACUGCAGCUGACAAGGGGACGCUUGUCGACUCUUAUGUGUGCAGUGACUAACCGAUAGGAGUUGAAGAUUGGCCUUCCUACCUACCUUCCCUUUUGCAGCAUCUUCCUUCUGUGCAUCGUGUCCGUUGCUGCCGUCAAACAGUGGAUGACAAGUGUGAAGGGCGACACACGCUGAUACUGUCAAACUGGAUGGAGCUCAUGGCCUGCGGCCUCGUGUGAGAUAAAUGUAGUUUGGUGUGAUGCCAGCCUGCGGGCCUUGUCAAAUUAGUAGUACCCUUCGCUGCUAAAUUAGUAGUACCCUUCGCUGCUAAAUUAGUAGUACCCUUCGCUGCUCUCUCUCCUCGCUGCCAGCCAGCCGCAUGUCCCCUUUGCCUCUUUCCUCCAUUCAGCUGUGCUAGGAAGGGUGUUUCAUUCCACAAAACCAAGCACCUUGGUUUUGUAACGGAUGGAGCUCCAGGGCGUUUGAUGGGAGGUGAGGCAGUACAUGAUGCGAUGCCUUCUCAUUUGUUGUGGCUAUGGUUGGGACGACAACAAGUUCAGUCAGUGCUCUUACUUCCGUCCCUACCAAGGAUCUACCUAGUCCUCUGUCGAUGCUCUGUCGAUGCUCUGCGCCUGGACUGCAUUGCAAUCGAAUGAUUCGAAUGUCAUUAGUGUGUGUCCUGGGAUGCUGGGCGGACAAGCUGUCGCUUUCUCCUCAGAGGACUGCAUUGCAAUCGGAUGCUGGGCUGAGUAGAACCUUCAGAUGAGUCCACUUUCUCCUCGGAGGAGUUCCUUCGGCUCACGGUAUUGGACAAUGCAGAUGAGAAUGCUCUUGUGUAGACUGUCGCUUGUGUGUUGUUUGGACUUGGGAUAUACUCUCCUUCAACUUCAUCCUACCUUUUCUUUCUUCCUUGGAUGCAAGGUGGUUUGUCAGGGCUCAAGCUGCUUGCAAGCUUUUGGGCUGGCUAUGCUGUGCGCUUUUUUACUUGGUUGGGGGCUGGAGAUUGCUGCGAAAUAGCAUCCUCAAACUAUCGUCGUUGCCUGCUUCUCUAUGGAUGAAUGAAUGCGGUUUGGUUUGAUACAUGCCAAAGAGGAGGCACUGCGACAGCACUGUUACAUAGAAUCACAGGUGGUUACGUGCUGUUUUGGAUUGCAGGCCGUAAGCUCUUCCGGAAAUUGCUUGGUUUAUUUCCUUCUCAGUGCUGGGUGCCAUGAGUCCUUGUGUCCCUUAGCAAGCCUGUUAAGGAAUCCCUGGGCUGCUUAGGUGUUGUCAACUUGUCAGUGAAAUGUAGAUUGCUUGAGCAGUGCACCUUCAGAUUACGCCGACAGAACAGAUGUACAUUUUGAAUGCUAGUAGACGGUGGUGUGGAGGUUGAGCAGUAUUUUUGGCCCAAAACAUCUGAUGGUGGGUGAUGCCCACAGUUUUUAGCUUUCACACUUUUUCCCUAGGAGCUAUGGCCCUCCUCAUCAAGCGACCCUAUCUGUUCCUCCCCUCAUGUGUCUGGCUGGGUCAGCCUCUCUGUCGUAUUCUCUGUCUAACCCCCCCGCUUUCCCCCCCAGCGCCACCCACACAAAACCCAUUUGUGAUUUUGUAUCAGUACAGUUUGCAGAAGUUAUUUUCAUAUUCUUAGGAGAUUCCCUGGUCUUAAGUAUUUUCUCCCUUCGGGCGCCACCUCCCUGUCUUCGUUCUCUCCCCUUCUUUUUUCGCUUUUGGUUCCGCCACCUUCCUCCCUGUCUUCCUUCUCUCUCCCCUUCUUUUUUCCUUUUUGGUUGUCGCAUGCGAUCCUCUCUCUUCUUGCCUCCUAGGGGACAGCUCAUCUGUUGGAGUCCGAGAUGACAGGAAGUGGGUGUGCGUGAGUAAGAACACUGGACAGACGUAAGGGCAACUGUGGUACCCUGCACACUCUCCGCUCAUCCGGGCAGGCAUUGGGGGGAGACAUGCUUUUUAUUCCAAUUUGCCGUGGUAUAUAGGGUAGCUUUUCCCACUGAAAACACUUUUGCACACGAAU